AUGGGAACCGUUUCGCCUAGACACUUUGUCCUGUUUCCUUUCAUGUCACAAGGCCACACCAUCCCCAUCCUCCACCUUGCUCGUCUCCUCCACCGCCGCCUCCUCUCCGUCACUGUCCUCACCACUCCCGCUAACUCUCCUUCAAUCCGUUCCUCUCUCCUUGACACCACCAUCUCCGUUGUUGAUCUCCCCUUCCCGGUGAACAUCCCUGGUGUUCCUCCUGGGAUCGAAAGCACUGAUAAACUGCCCUCCAUGUCUUUCUUUGUUCCCUUUGUCACCGCCACCAAGCUCAUCCAACCCCACUUCGAACAGGUAAUCGCGUCCCUCCCGACUGUUCACUGCAUCAUCUCGGAUGGGUUUCUAGGCUGGACUCAGCAGUCCGCGGACAAACUAGGAAUUCCUAGAGUUCUUUUUUAUGGUAUGAGCAACUAUGCUAUGACCUUGUCUUCAAUCAUGCUUCGAGAAAAGCCACAUGCGAUGGUGAGUUCGGUCGACGAGGUCUUCUCUGUUCCGGGGCUCCCUUGGGUGAAUCUCACAACCAACGACUUUGAGCCGCCCUUCAGUGAACUUGAACCCAAGGGUGCACACUUCGACUUCGUGGCGGAAACAGGCGUGGCUGCAUUUAAGAGUCAUGGCAUGCUGGUCAACAGCUUCUACGAUCUGGAACCAAGAUUCAACGAUUACUGGAACCAGAAGAUUGGACCUAGAGCUUGGUGCGUCGGACCACUCUGCCUGGCGGAGCCACCAAGAGUCCAGACCCUACAAAAGCCGACGUGGGUGCAGUGGCUGGACGAGAAGUUGGCUCAAGGGAAGUCGGUGCUGUACGUGGCCUUCGGAUCUCAGGCGGAGAUGGCACCUGAGCAGUUGCAUGAAAUUGCGAUGGGCUUGGAAAGAUCAGAGGUGGCAUUUUUGUGGGUUUUGAGUUCAAAAGUACAGGAGAAACACGAGUUUGUAAAAGGGUUUGAAGAGAGGCUGAAAAAGAGAAAGAAUGGGUGGACCAAAGGGAGCUACUGGCACACCAGAGCGUCAAGGGGUUUAUGA